AUGCCGCCCUUCCGACUCGCCAUUCUAGAGUGCGACACCCCCGUCCCCAACGUCGUCAAAGAACGCGGCUCAUACGGCUCCGUCUUCGAAACCCUUCUAUCCAAAGGCAUUGCCCAAAGAGACGACAACCUCAACUUUUGCGUAUUAAAAUACGAUGUGGUCCAGCAGCAGAAAUACCCAGACCUAUCUGACAUUGAUGGCAUUCUCAUCACCGGCAGCAAACACACGGCUUUCGCAGACGACGCCUGGAUCGUCGCCCUAGUAGAGUACAUUAAACAGGUUCUGACUACGUCCAACACACCCGUCGUGGGUAUUUGCUUCGGCCACCAAAUCAUCGGUCGUGCUCUUGGUGCCAAAACGGGUGUCGCCCCCGGUGGAUGGGAGAUUUCCGUUGAAAAAGUCAACCUCAGCGCAGAGGGAGAGAAAUUAUUUGGUGUUCCAUCAUUGAACUUACACCAAAUGCAUCGCGAUGAAGUCGCCACCGUCCCAGAAGGCCUCAUCUGUCUCGGAAGCAGUCCUAGAUGCCCCGUCCAAGGCCUGUAUAAGCCGAAAUCAGUGCUUUCUCUGCAAGCGCACCCCGAAUUUGACGACUUCAUCAUGACGGAGAUUCUGCAUGUACGACACAACCAAAAGAUAUUCAAUGACGACAUGUUCAGCGAGGCUCUGACGCGGUCUGGGAAUUCACAUGAUGGUGUUUUGAUUUCUACCAAGAUUUGGAACUUUUUUUUGGAUGCUGUUGCUUGA